AUUAAAAUAGAAAUCUAAUUUUAUUUUCUUAAGUAUCAACAAAAAAUUGUCUAAAGUUCAUGAAAUGAGUAUUUCGCCAAAUGCCGCUGGCCUCGCACUACAAAGCUCCCAGCUGUCCAAGUGGCGCUCCGAGUUCUUCAGCCUGCCAUUGAACCGGCUGGCGCAAAACAUUUGCACUCGUGGGGAUCCGAUCAGCGCAUGCCAGCGCGCCAAUCUGCAGGAAUUGACGGUGGGCGGCAAGGAGCACCAUGAGGUGGCCAGGCUGAAGAAGUCGAGCGUUGACGGUCCGCAUUGGAUCUGCACGGGCCUGGAUCUGCUGCGUCAUGGUCUGCGCAAAGAUUACGAACUAUCCGCCCCGUAUUUGUUCUACUGGCAUAAGCUUGAGCGCUGUAACUACUUCCUCAAUACUGUGAUCGAGUGUCUAGCGCGCGGAGAGCCGGUUGAGGGACGCACCUUCAGGUACCUGAUGAAGCACACCGUGCCCGAUGGCGGCAAUUGGCAGAUGUUCGUGAAUCUGGUCAAGAAAUACGGCGUAAUGCCCAAGCAGUCCUAUCUGGCCAGCUGGUCCUCGACCCACACCCUGCACCUUAAUCGGAUGCUCAAGAGUAAACUGCACGAGUUUAGCAGCCAGCUGCAUGAGCAAUUCGUCUCAGAUGGGAAUGCCCAGAAGCUGCCCCCAAUGGUCGAGUCCAUGCUCACAGAUCUUUAUAAGGUAAUCAACAUUUGCUUGGGCACGCCGCCCACGAGCUUUACGCUCGACUUAAAGGACGAAGAGCAGGAGACUCUGUUUACGCCGCGCAGUUUCUAUGAGCGCAUGAUAACGCCCCAUUUUGCGCUGGAUGCCUGGGUGAGUCUGGGCCAUGAUCCCCGCCCGAGUGCCAGCUACGGGCGCAACUAUUGCAUUGCCCAUAGCUCCAACCUGAUGGGCGGACUGCUGCAAAGCUACAAUAACCAGCCCAUGGAUGUACUGCUUGAGGUCAUGGUCAAGUCGCUGGCCGCUGGCUCGGCUGUGUGGCUGGCAUGCGAUAUCCAGCGCAUAUUCAAGAACAACGAAGGAGUGCUCAGCCUGAAAACGCACAACUUCGAGCAGGUAUUCGGCAUGCCGGUGGGCACAGCUCUAAACAAGGCGGACCGUAUGCUCUAUAGGGCGACGAGUCGAAAUACGUCGCUGCUGGUGACCGAGGUCUCGCUGGACGCACUGCAGCAGCCACUGCGAUUUGGCACGAUACGCAAGACAGCAAAGACUAAUGCCGUUCAAAAUACAGAAUCCGAGGGGAGUAUAAAGGAUGCUGCCGAUACCGUCGACAAUGCGAAAACCAAAGCAGAUGCAGCCGAAGCAGAGUCAGCCAAGCGCAAAGCAUCCAUGGGCCAAGCUACCGUCCUGCACGUCGACUGGCUGCGGGAGUAUGCCUUUGAGAUAGUUGUCGACGCACGCUUUGUGCCGCCAGGCGUGAUGCAAGCGCUCCGCGACGAGCCCAGCGAGGAACUGCCCAUUUGGGACCCCAUGGGCGCGCUGCUCAGUUGAUGAAUGAUGAGUCCCCAGGUGGAAGUUGUGCAGGGCUGGCAAACAAAACUAGCUCGUUGAUCUAAAAGGACCACUAAUCAUUUCAUGAACUGGUUCAUUUUGUACCUUGUCACUA